CUUGAUGAUCUAUGAAUUACUUAACUUGAUGACACCGCCGUUUGAGGGUUAAAUACUCACCCAUACUCCCUUUUCAACCCGACGAUAGACUAAAUUCUAUCCGACUUAGCAAACUACUGUAUGAGGACGUAAAAUGGGCUCCACCGGUAGAGAUCAACCAUAUGCCAGGGCGUACGAGUUGCAUGAUAUUCCUGGAGACACAAACAAUCCUUUUGAUCAUCCAGAUCUAGAAGUGGGCGACGAGCGUUAUUCCCUUCAUGGAGCAGGCGCCCACCACUACGAUCCCGAUAGACUUGGCGCCUCAAUUUCUCCCGCUCCCACCAGCGUGUACGAUGAUGAUGCCUCCGAGCCGGGGGUAUAUCAUCUACCCUCUGCGGCGUCUCUAGUUAAUGACGAGGAUGAACACGGUCAAAACCUCUUUGACAAUGGGUACUUCGGCUUCGGCAAGCCCCCUUCGGUCUACGGUGACCCCGAAGAGAGUUGGGCCGCGCGACAACAACUUCCCGCUGCUGAUUCGGGAGGCGGAGGAGGAGGCGGCCUUAGACGCCGCGACACCCGGAAGAUCAAGCUGAAGCCUGGUUCUCAGGGUUCCGUUCUUAGCGCCGAUUACCCAGUUCCCACUGCAAUACAGAAUGCGACGGAGUCUCAGUAUCGAGGUCAAGAGGAAUUUACGAAAAUGCGUUAUACAGCUGCCACCUGUGACCCGAACGAUUUUACCAUUCUGAACGGGUACGACUUGCGUCCCCGCAUGUAUAAUCGGCAUACAGAGCUCAUGAUUGCCAUCACCUACUAUAACGAAGAUAAAAUCCUCCUUGCCAGGACUUUGCAUGGUGUAAUGCAGAACAUCCGCGACAUAGUUAAGCUUAAAAAGUCGACUUUUUGGUCGAAAGGAGGCCCAGCAUGGCAGAAAAUAGUCGUCUGUCUGAUUUUUGACGGUAUCGAAAAAGCCGAUAAAAGUGUUCUCGACGUUCUCGCCACGAUCGGGGUCUAUCAGGACGGCGUCAUCAAAAAAGAUAUCGACGGCAAGGAGACAGUGGCACACAUUUUCGAGUACACGAGUCAAUUAUCCAUUACCCCGAGCCAACAACUCAUCCGGCCUACUACAGCGGCUAAUGAUCCCAUGAACUUACCUCCUGCGCAAUUCAUAUUCUGUUUAAAGCAAAAGAAUAGUAAAAAAAUCAAUUCGCAUCGCUGGCUGUUUAAUGCAUUUGGUCGUAUUCUUAACCCGGAGGUUAUCACACUCCUCGACGCCGGAACUAAACCGAGUCCCCGGUCUCUGCUAGCACUUUGGGAGGGGUUUUACAACGAUAAAGACCUCGGAGGCGCAUGCGGCGAGAUCCACGCCAUGCUGGGUAAAAGGGGCGUCAAGCUAUUAAACCCAAUAGUCGCGGUUCAGAAUUUUGAAUACAAGAUAUCGAACAUCCUAGACAAGCCGUUAGAGAGCUCGUUUGGAUACGUAACUGUCCUGCCUGGCGCAUUUUCCGCGUACCGCUUUCGAGCUAUUAUGGGUCGGCCCUUGGAACAGUAUUUCCAUGGAGAUCAUACGUUAUCGAAAAUCCUAGGGAAAAAAGGAAUCGACAAUAUGAAUAUCUUUAAGAAGAAUAUGUUUCUUGCCGAGGACCGAAUCCUUUGCUUUGAAUUGGUGGCUAAAGCUGGCCAGAAAUGGCACUUAUCUUAUAUCAAAGCUGCUAAGGGAGAGACUGACGUACCUGAGCGCCCUGAUGAGUUUCUAAGCCAACGUCGGCGAUGGUUGAAUGGCUCCUUCGCGGCAUCCUUGUAUUCCAUCAUACAUUUCGAUCGAAUUUAUCGGUCAGGGCACAGCAUCAUUCGCAUGUUCUUUCUCCAUGUCCAGCUUGUUUACAACUUAAGCAACCUCAUAUUCACCUGGUUUUCGCUCGCGUCAUAUUAUCUAACUACCACGAUUAUCAUGAACAUGGUGGGCACGCCGGAUGAGGCGUCGGGAUACCACGGCUGGCCCUUUGGCGAUGUCGCGACACCUAUCGUCAAUGUGCUCAUCCAGUACUUGUAUAUGGUCUUCAUCAUAAUACAAUUCAUCCUUGCGCUCGGAAACCGACCGAAAGGUUCUAGGUACACCUACCUUGUCUCCUUCGUGGUGUUUAGCUUGAUCCAGACCUAUAUUAUCGUCCUAUCUUUUUACCUCGUCUAUCGCGCCCUGAGCCAACAACCACUGGCUGAUCAGAUAAACACUUCCUCAGCUCAAGCGUUCUUUGAGAGUAUGUUUGGCGGUGACAGCGUAGUAGGCGUCAUAUUACUUGCCCUCAUUACUAUAUACGGCCUCAACUAUGUGGCCUCGUUUCUCUACCUUGAUCCAUGGCAUAUGUUCCACUCGUUUCCUCAAUACAUUAUACUGGCAUCAACGUAUAUCAAUAUCCUCAUGGUCUAUGCUUUUAACAAUUGGCAUGAUGUUUCUUGGGGUACCAAGGGCUCCGACAAGACCGACGUUCUGCCAUCCGUUAAGAGCACCAGGGAUAAGGAGACGGACGCGGUCGUUAUCGAGGAGAUCGAAAGAAAGCAAGACGACAUCGACGACCAAUUUCAGAAAACGGUGUACAGAGCACUUGCUCCUGUCGAAGAGGAGACGACGGUAGAAACUAAGGAUGCCGAAGACUCUUAUAAAUCCUUCAGGACGGGACUAGUCAUCACAUGGAUUGUCUCUAACUUGUUGCUGAUUGUUUUCGUCACCAGUGAUAGCUUUGAAUCGUUAGGUGUCGAGCCGGCUUCGAAAGGACGGACUCCCGCAUACUUCAAAUUCCUCCUAUACGCUACUGCAGUGCUCUCUAUCUUUCGUUUCAUGGGAUUUCUCUGGUUUCUUGGAAGGACCGGUAUUAUGUGCUGUUUCGCUAGAAGAUAAGUCAUGGG